AUGUUGUUGGCAACUAGCAAACAGUUUAAGUUGAGCAUAUUUGCAACAGUGACUGAGGAAACAGAGAAUGAAAGAAAUGUAAGCACUGCUUCUGAAGUGAGUCCGAGUAACUCAGACUGGGGAGCCAGAAACCUAUUGGAAGCAAACAAACUCUUUGCAAAUUAUCCACAUAGGAUAAAGCACAAAAAUAAUGAGACAGCUAUAUUGGGAGCAAAUGUGACGAUGUUCUGCAAUUUAACAACUCCAGCAGACGUUGUGCAGAUUACUUGGCAGAAGAUCCAAGAUUCUUUGCCACGAAAUAUUGGCACGUAUAGCAGUAAAUACGGAGAAAAGAUUCUUCCACCAUACAUAGAUCGGCUGCACUGUAAGGCCAUUGAACCCGAUUCAUCAUUCAUAACUAUCCGAGAGGUGACAUUUGAAGACGAAGCCUGCUACAAAUGUUUGUUUAAUGUGUUCCCACAUGGAAGCCAUGGAGGACAAAUCUGCCUUAACAUUAUAACUGUAUCUGAAUUAAGAAUUGAACUCCAGUCCGAUCCUGACUGUGAAGAUUUUCUUAGAUUGACUUACUCAGCUGUGGGAAAACCUGCUCCUCAAAUAUCUCUUUUCCCAUUGCAAGUCUUGAUUAAUCCACCAGAGGAAUCCCUUGCUCUGAACCCGAAUGGCACAGUUACAGUCACUAAAAUGUAUAACAUCUCCUUGGAGACUGUGAAGUCCCUGAGACUCCAACACCUGAUUGUGCAGAUGGAUCACCCUCUAAGGAAGGAAGAGAAGAUCAUUCCUCUGUCAGACAGACAAGAAUGUACUGCUGGUUUUUCUUAUAAAUGGAUGGGUAAAGUUGGUGCAUUCAUUCUUAUUUCAUGUGUUUUAUUUACCAUC